AGUCGUAAUCUUUUCCCGCUAAAAUCGGCGGAACUCUUCCCCAUUACACGUACCGCCACAAUCCUGAUUAAUACGUCAUUGUUUUAGGGGUUGCUAGUAAACAGUCACGCUCUGGGUGCAUAAAUAGACAGAAGUCAGAAUUAUUUUUAUCCAAAUAAGCAUCAACUGGAACAAAAGCUGUUGGAGCUUGAAUACAAUUAUAACUCGACAAUAAAACCAAUUUGUUUUAGGUUUGCCACUCAAAUCACGCUCUGGGUGUACAAUAAAACCAAUUUGGAUUGAAGAGCUUCAUUUCAUUUUAACCGAGCGCCUGUUAGCCUCUUGAAUAUUCAGUUUGGAAACUGACUCGCUCCAGCACCAACAUUCACAAUGGCAGUACUUCGACUAACGACGGUUUUAGCUCUUCUUUUCUCAGUAUGCUUGUUAUUCUCAGCGGCACACGGACGGCCCCGGGCUCGCAGACAAGACAGGUCGGCAGAAUCCGACAGUGACUCCGACAGUGACAGCAGCAGUAACUCAUCCGAGGAGAACGACGACCAACCACCAACCACAACCACAACCGCCCCUACCACAACCGCCCCGACCACAACCGCCCCGACCACAACCCCUGGCACCACCGGCACCACACAACCACCGACGACGAUGACCACCCUGGAGCCGGUCAUGACGACCUGUGUGGACCGAGGCGACGGGAUGCUGGUUUGCUCCCCCGUCUAGGACACGCCCUAGCUAGUUCAUUAUGUUAGGCCCACUUUGUAAUAUCGAAUAUUGAGGGGUGCUGAAAACCAAAAAAUAGUAUCAAAGCGCUUGUAAAAUCGCAGAAUUUGAAGAAAAACAUGAAAUACAUAUAAUCAUGUACAUCUUCAAAUUAUAUUACUGUGGGAAGAAGAAUGUUUUAAUGGAUUUGUAGACAUUUUACAACAUUCAAUUGGUUCUGCGACACUAUAGUGCUCUGCGUCAGUUAUUCAUACACUUACCGAAUUCGUAAAUCAUCACCGGACCCAACACUAACCCUUACCUCAAACCUAAGCCUCUCCUGAAACCCAAUUGCAACCCUGACCCUAAACCUCAUCGAAUACCUAUGACAAAAUGAAACCCAGUGCAAAUGUCGGUUCACCCUAUACCUCACUGUCCUCACAUAAACCGCGGGAUGUGAGUUUAAACUCACAUCUCCCUGGCAUACCCGUGCUACAUAAAUAUCAUGCUCCCAAUGUUUUCAGACAGUUUAAUUCACAAUACAAUCGCUUGACCCUACAUUUUCGUCGUUUUGUGUGACGUGUUACAGAUAAAGAAAAUGCCCUAUAUUCAUAUAAAUAUCCUAAACUAUACACGUAUAACUUUAUUACAUGUGUAUUUUGCUAUUUUUAUGUACAUUCGGUGAUCACGGUAUUUACAAAUUGUUAGUCUUAUUUAUUGGACUUCAUUCAUGAAAUAUUAUUUCAAUCUGUUAGCAUUUAAAUAAACACGCUAGAUUACACUUUUUCAAAGCAAACGACAAGUUGUCACUGGUUGAUAUUAUACUAUAAAUGUUGGGAUUUUCUCUUAAUAGGUGUUUGUAUAUAAUUGCUUGCUAAUUGUAAGAUUAUUCUACGUGUAUUAUGUAUGUAUAAAGCUGCAACUUUCUUUAGAGAAAGUGGACGUUUGUGUUUGUGUUAAAUAAAUUGAUAAAAUAAGAAGACUAA